GUUUUACACAGAGUUCGUUAUCAUACCUGUUGUUUCUAAUAGCUGUCUACCACGUAUAAACAUGUUUUCUAUCAGUACACGAGGUUUAUAGUUUGCAAAUCCACGACACAUAGCUCUCCGAAGUAGGAUUGCCGUAUUCCUUGUUCACCAGUGGGUCGGGCUUGUAUACGAGGUCACUACACUGGCCCCGUACAUUACAUUACCUGAUAUAAUAUAAAACCAAAUACCUAUGUGUACGCACAUAGGUCAAAAAGUCACACUGUUAGUUUCUAUAGCCUUCUAAUCAAACGUAGUUUACCUAUAUUCCGAUGGGUGGAACUGGUGCCUAUACACUGUCCGAUGUUGACCGUGCAAACUUCAAGGCGCAAGGAUUUGUGGUGCUUUCCAAUGUAGUUGAGCCAGAAGCACUGAGAAAUGAAGCCAACACACGAAUUGCUUUGGAAAAGGUCCUUUCACCUGCCCUACGUAGUGAUCACAGUUGCAUAUAUGAGGUCUGUCCGUCUACAUUGCUGUCGGAGACAGAAUGCACCGACCUCCUCGCCUAUCUGAAUGCACGCAGAGCAUUUGGGUUGUCUAAUGCAAAGGUUUUGUAAUCAAAUCUAUACAUCUAUUUCGGUUACGUGGCCUUUCCAAGAUAUGUGCUUAUAUCGUAUUCACUUGCUUUGUCUUUGUGGAUACGUAUUGCGGUCGGGGCUUUGGUAAUUUGUAUUCGUUCAGAACUUUAACUAUGAUCAAUCAAUCUAUCAUAUAUGUCUUAUUCUAAUUAUCUAGGAUAGCGCUGUAUUAAGCUGUCCCCGCAAGUAACUAUAAUUUCGGGUAUAAAAGUAUUGCCAUUGUUUUGUAGUCGAGCACUUAUAUCUGUUCGAUUAAUCUACAUUGCCGCUGAGACUGGACAAAUCUUGCUGAAAUAGGUUAUCCUCUAUGUUUGCAAAGUUCUUUCUGGAUUGGUAAAAGAUUUGCUAGAUGAUGGAUCAGAGGAAGACACGUCAAUCCUCAAACUACUCAAUGAGCAAUAUAUAACGUAAGCACACGAUCUAGACGGCGGAGCAACAUUUUAGCGAACUGACGUCUUCAAUAUGUGGUGACUGAUCCCGUCCUCGAUAUUGUUUGCUGUUGGUUAUAAAUAGUAAAAAGAGCAAACGGCGGACGGCCUACUUCAUUCGAUUGGCAUCAAGACUCAUCGGAGAUGCCUAGAGAUCACCAGGAAUAUGUUUCGGUCUGGGUUGCGCUUGAUGAUUGUGGAGAAGACAAUGGCACGCUAUAUGUUCGUGAUCAACAAAUACAUGGAAAGAGUACCGCAAGUCCAGCCGCAACUGAGAUCGGAGUUCCUUUGCUAUGCAACGCAGGCGAUGUUGUAGUGCUGUCAUCAUCAGUUUGGCAUAGAAGGUAUGAAUAGUAUUGAUGUCAUACUGCAAGAGAGAGAAAACAGUUGCUAUUGGUAUUUCACCACUCACGAUAUCAAUUGAGGUUCUAAAAGAUGGCGUGCAAGUUGUAUACUAGAAUACAGAAACAAUUGUUUGACGUUUUGCCGUGUAUGUGAAUAACCUGCGGUGUGCGCGGGACCAACCUGAUUCGUACACGUGCCCUGCGGCACUUUCAUCGCCAACCACCUAUGAUUUAUUCAAAGUACUCACUAUUUGGUCUAUAAUGUACUGACAAAUAGGUAA